UUCAGUUCGUCAAAGGAGCAAACAGCCGCUUCCGUGUUGUUUCUUGUGUUUUUCUGGAGAAUAACUUCUCGUUAUCGGAGCCGGAGCCGACCGCCAUGAGCCAGUGAAGCGGACGCGCCCUCUCAGCUUCCGCCCGUCCGCCAUGUCGCUGCCGCAGAGCUCCAAGAAGAAGGACAAGCGCGUCCUGUCCGGCAGCUGCCCGGACCCGCGAUGCCAGGCGCGGCUGUUCUUCCCGGCUCACGGCUCCGUGAGCAUCGAGUGCACCGAGUGCGGCCAGCGGCACGAGCAGAGGCACCUGGUGCGCGUGGAGGAGGUGACGGACCCGGACGUGGUGCUGCACAACCUGCUCAGGAACGCCCUGCUGGGGGUCACGGGGGCCCCGAAGAAAGGCACGGAGCUGGUGAAGGUGAUGGGUCUGUCCAACUACCACUGCAAGCUGCUGUCCCCGGUGCUCACCCGGUACGGCAUGGACAAGCAGACCGGCAAAGCCAAGCUGCUGCGGGAGAUGAACCAAGGCGAGAUGUUCGACUGCUCCCUCCUGGGGGACCGGGCCUUCCUGAUCGAGCCGGACCACGUCUCCACCAUGGGGUACGGCAAGGACCGGUCGGGGAGCCUGGCGUACCUGCACGACACCCUGGAGGAGGUGAAGAAGGCCAAUGGCGGCGGGGAGUGUCUCAUCCCGGUCCACGUGGACGGGGACGGGCACUGUCUGGUCCACGCCGUGUCCAGAGCGCUGGUGGGCAGAGAACUGUUCUGGCACGCCCUGAGGGAGAACCUGAAACAGAACUUCAAGCAGAACCUGGACUGCUACAAGGCCCUCUUUCAGGAUUUCAUCGACGUGGCGGAGUGGGAGGACAUCAUCAACGAGUGCGACCCCCUGUUCAUCCCGCCGGAGGGCGUCCCGCUCGGGCUGCGCAACAUCCACAUAUUCGGUCUGGCCAACGUCCUCCACCGACCCAUAAUCCUGCUGGACUCCCUGAGUGGGAUGAGGAGCCCCGGGGAUUACUCGGCCAGUUUCUUGCCGGGCCUGGUGGCUGAGGAGCAGUGCCGGGGGAAGGACGGGACGCUCAACAAACCCAUCUGCAUCGCGUGGAGCAGCUCGGGCCGGAACCACUACAUCCCUCUGGUGGGGAUCAAGAACGCGGUGCUGCCCAAGCUGCCGCCCCGCCUGCUGCCGAAGGCCUGGGGCGUCCCCCAGGAGCUCAUCCGGAAGUACAUCAAGCUGGAACCGGACGGCGGCUGCGUGAUAGGCGGCGACCGCAGCCUGCAGGACAAGUACCUGAUGCGCCUGGUGAACGCCAUGGAGGAGGUGUUCAUGGAGAGGCACAGCAUCCACCCGUCGCUGGUGGCCGACGUGCACCAGUACGUCUACAGGCGCACCGGCGUGAUCGGCGUCCAGCCCGAGGAGGUGACCGAGGCCGCGAAGAAGUCUGUGACGGAGAACCGGCUGCACCGCUGCCUGAUCUGCGGCGCCCUCUCCGAGCUCCACGUGCCGCCGGAGUGGCUGAUUCCCGGUGGGAAGCUCUACAACUUGGCAAAAUCCACUCACGGCCAACUGCGGCCGGACAAGAACUACAGCUUCCCCCUCAACAACGUGGUCUGCUCCUACGACCCCCAGAGGGACGUCCUGGCCCCGGAUUAUAAAGUCAGCACCCUCAACACCUGCAACUGGUGUCACGGCACGUCGGUGCGCCACGUCCUCGGCAACGGGGUGGUGGUUUACCUGGACGGGGACCGAACCAACACCCGCUCCCACGGCGGGAAGUGCGGCUGCGGCUUCAAGCACUUCUGGGAGGGGAAGGAGUACGACAACCUGCCCGAGGCCUUCCCCAUCACGCUGGAGUGGGGGGGGCGGGUGGUGAGGGAGACGGUGUACUGGUUCCAGUACGAGGCCGAGUCGGCUUUGAACAGCAACGUGUACGACGUGGCCAUGAAGCUGGUGACCAAGCACUUCCCCGGGGAGUUCGGCAGCGAGAUCCUGGUGCAGAAAGUGGUCAACACCAUCCUGCACCACACCGCCAAGAAGAACCCGGACGAGUACAACCCGGUGUCCAUCGCCGGGGCUCACGAUCAGCGGCUCACUGACGGCGCCGCUGCCGAGGCGGCGACGGACACCCAGCCGCCCACCAAGAUCAUCCUGACCGGCCAGAAGACGAAGACGCUCCACAAGGAGGAGCUGACGAUGAGCCGGGCGGAGCGCAGCAUCCAGCAGAGCAUCAGCGAGCAGGCCUUCGUCACCCAGAAGCGGCGGACCGACAAGCUGAAGCAGGACCAGAAGGUCCAGGACCAGAAGGUCCGGGGACGUGCGUCCUCCCCUGGCGGGUCCCCGGAAACCACCACCUCUUCCUCCGCGCCGGCCACGCCCACCAAAUCCCCCUCCCCGUCGUCCAAUAAGGAGAAGAAGAUCCGCGUGACCACUAGCGACGGCAGGCAGGCCAUGCUGACCCUGCAGGUCCACACCACCUUCUCGGAGCUGCAGAGGAGCAUCGCCGGCCAGUUCGGGGUGCCGCCGGCGCGGCAGUGCAUCCGCCACGGCUUCCCGCCCAGAGAGCUGCCGCCCCCGAAGGAAGGCGAGGAGAACGAGCCGGCGGCGCUGCAGCACGGCGACAGGGUGACGGUGGAGGUACUGAGGGCGCCCGAGGACGGAGGCCCCGCCGCCGUCCUCGGGGCCUCCGGCUCGCACGCCGUGAAGACCGAGGACAUCGUGGCGUCCGGCAGGACGAGUGGCCGCGAACUCCAGGACAGCAUCGACCUUGAGAUGUCCUCCCUCUGUCUCCUCGCAACCUUGAUGGGUGAGGACGUUUGGUCGUAUGCUAAGAAGCUGCCGCACCUAUUCCAGCAGGGCGGCGUCUUCUACAACAUCGUGAAGAAGGACAUGGGCCUGAUGGACGGGAAGCACUGCACGCUGCCCCACCUGACGGGGAAGACCUUCGUCUACAACGCUGGGGAGGAGCGCCUGGAGCUCUGCGUGGACACCGCGGGCCACUUCCCCGUCGGCCCCGAUGUUGAGGAGCUGGUGAAGGAGGCGCUGGUCCAGCUGCACUCCGAGACGGCCACCAGGGGCAGCAGAGAGGGGAGCCCCUCCCACGGCGCGCUGCGGCCGGGCGGCGGCGGCGUCGUCCGCAAGAAGGAGCACCUGCAAAGCGUCACCGCCUUCCAGGGCAAAGGCCACUCUCUGGGCAGCGCCGGGGGCUCCUCCCCUCCGGAGCACCGGCCUAUCACGCGCCAGCACAGCAGCGGCGUGGACCUGAGCGCCAGCGUGUCCCGGGGCCCGCCGGACCUGUCGGACAUCCCCGAGGACGCCACCAGGGAGCUGGUCCGCAUGGCGCCGGGCUUCGUCACCACGAAGGACGGCCGCGGCCCGGACCCCGGCCUGAUGGAGCAGCAGCGGAGGAAGCUGCAGGAGAUGGUCUCCUCCAUCCAGGCCUCCAUGGAGCGCCACCUGCGGGAGCAGCAGAGCGCCGCCGCCAACACGGGAGGGGGCGGGACUAAUGAGUCGGGAGCCGGCCCACCGGUGUCUACGGCGGACGACGGCAAACGUCCGGCGGCGCCCUGCAAACCGGACGGGAAGGGGGCGGAGCCGGAGGAGAUGGAAAGUCAGGAUGGCGAGCAGAGCACUGCCACCGAACCCAUGGAUCACUCCUGAUCACUCCUGACCACUCCUGACCCCGCCCCCCAGCACCGCCCCCUCCCUCCUCCCGGGUCAGAACGCCGCGGGUCGGAUCCUCACGCUUUCCGUCGUCGUCGUGUUUCGUUGUCUUUGCUGCAUGAAUCCAAGGCUCCGCCCACCUUAAGAGAACCCACGAGGCGUCCUCGCACGCGCUCGUGGGUUUGAACUCUACGCACACGCACUUCCUCCGGCACGCCAGACCAAAUGAUAAACAACGUCUGGUCGAUUCCUGCUUCUGAGAGAGGAUUAUUUUGGCUUGUUUCAGGGCGUGUUCAUCAUCGGCCAAGUCUUCUUUUCAGCGGAGGGGUCGGGGGUCGGGGGGGUCUGUGUUCGCUUGACUGCCUCUGACUCCAGGUGUUCUAGUUUCACAGGUUCAUCCGGCGUCUCCGUCUCUUUUUUUCUUUUCUCUCCAUUUGAAACCCUCCAGAACGUGUGUGUGUAUAUAUAUAUAUGUGUGUAUAUAUAU